CCCUGUCUCUAUCGAAGUGCUUAGUUGGGCUCAAUGGUCCGUCGUGAAUUCAAUCAAAGAGGGAACAUGUUUCUCUGGAUUCUUUUUCUCGUGACUACCACUGCAUCUGCUCCGGCUGAAGAGUAUCGAGCUAUAGUCAACGAAGGAGAAUUCUCUGAUGAUGCUUCAGUUAUGAAGAUCGUGCCUUCGGGCUUUUCGCCUCAGAAGAAUGAUUAUUUUAUUAAACCUGCAUUGGCUGAAGUUGUAAAUAAGGAUAAAUCAAGCUACAAGCGUAUGCUCGAGAUUUUGAAAAAAGGUCAUACCAAACUUGGACUGACCUUCAAUAUUUAUGAUGAUAACAUGAGAGAGGCUACUGUUGCAUUGUUUCGCCUGUUACUGGAUGUAGAUGAUGACAAGUUUGACGCCAUUGUACGAUGGGCCAGAGUUAACAUUAAUAAAGAUAUGUUUGACUACGCUUGGCGAUUAGCAUCUCUCUACGGUAACAAAUUUAAGAAAGAAGAAAUGUUACCUCCAUUUAUUAAGAAACCAAACCAUUUUGUUAACAGUGAAGCAAUGUGGAAAGCUAUGCACCUAAAACUAGGCAAUGGCAUGUUUAACGAUGAAGAUGCCAAACUUAACCAAUAUUAUAGAACUGAUGAUGUACUAUCGAUUAAUACUAACUAUUCCGGUUGGAACUUACCGCAAAAUGGUUGUGAUCGAGAAAUAAAUUAUUUCAAAGAAGAUAUUGCUCUUAAUAGUUACUAUUACGGAGUUCAUUUAUUGCAUCCGUUUUGGAUGAGCAACGAUGAAUUAGAUUUGCUUAACCCACGCCACGCUGAACAUUAUUAUUUUACACACAAACAACUUAUGGCACGUUACCAACUUGAAAAGGAACACCUCAACAAGGAUUGUAAUGAAACUUGCGAUAUAAACUUAAAUAGUUACAAUUCCUACUUGAUGCAUGACUAUGGCUUGCCAUUCCCUAUUAAAUCAUCUUUUAAGGAAUGGAAUGAUGGAAGAGCUCGUCUGAAAUCAAUUGACAUUGCCAUAAGAGAAUGCAUUUCUCGAGGACUAUUAGUGGAUAGUAAUGGUACAACCGUUCCCAUGGCGGGAGAGUACAACAUAGAUCUACUAUCCAAACUGGUUCGUGCUAAUCUAGAUAGCCUGAAAUCUGUAAAGAUCAUCAGAUCGAUUUAUGGCUAUGGCGGCAAUGGUUAUCCCAUCGACUGGUAUAACCCAGCCCCGUCAGUGCUGCACUUCCCCCAUACCUCACUGAGAGACCAAACGUACUGGCAUCUUAUUAAAAGUCUUUUGGAAUAUUUUACGGAAUAUAGGAAAACGUUAGACAAUUUCGACUUAGCUCAAUACCAGAACAAAAACUUAGCUAUAAUUGAUAAUCAUUUCACAAACAUCACAACAUACUUCGAUUACUACAAAUUUAGUUUAAAUAAGGGAUUAGGAGGUGGCAAUUUACAAUCAACCCUUGUAAUUACAGCGAGGCAAAGGAGAUUGAAUCAUUUGCCAUUCAUGCUCAACUUUACGCUUGAUUCAACAACCGAAUCGGAUGUUAUUGUACGGCUUUUCCUAGGUCCUCUGUGUAACGCUAAAGAUUGCUGGCAAAUUUAUGACAGAUUUUUUGAGUUAGAUGCUUAUAGAACACAAGUUAAACAAGGACUUAAUAUUUUAAGUUGGUCUUCUGACGCGUCUGAUAGAUUUUCUUCUGAUGAAUAUUAUAAUAUGGAAACAUCAGACAAGAAAACUAAUAAGUUUAACCUAUUCAAAUUCCCUAAAAACCUUGUAAUACCUAAAGGGUUAGAAGAAGGUCUCAAUUUAACUCUUUUUAUUAUGGUAACACAAACUGAAAAGUCUUCAUUUGAUGAAGUGGCGCCUAUUAGCAAUUAUUAUAAUCAAGUUUUGAAUGAAGUUGAUAAGAAGCCUUUAGGAUUCCCCUUCCAUAGACAACUAACAGUCCAAGAUGAAUGUUAUGAAAACUGUAAGUUUUAUAAUAUAUCGAUUUAUCACAAAACCUGUCCAGUUGAUUCUAGUGAUUACUUUUCAUCAAAUUUAUAUUAAAUACAUAGCUUUUAACAAAAUGUUGGUCGAAAUUAGCAACAGAAAAUAAAAUUGUGGGAAUCGGUUUGGUUCGGAUGCU